AUGCCAUCUGUACCUUCAGGAUUCUUUUCACGUCCAUCAACAAAAGCAUCUCAAAAUCUUCCAAAACCAACACAAAAGACCGAUGUAGCUCAACCACAUACGCCACCCGGAAUUCCAACAGAUCAAGCACCAAAUUAUCCGUCAACUUGGUCUGAUUCGCAAAAUCCGCGUGAAUUGGCAAUGCGUGGACCAAGAUUUGAACAAAUAACAACAGAAUAUCAACCUCAACCUUUGAGUGCAAUGGAAAUGAUUCAAAGGGAACCCAUCAGAUUGACAACGAGCCGAGUUAUAGAAUGUGAUGGAGGAGAUGGACCUCUAGGUCACCCUCGCGUAUUUAUCAACUUGGAUAAGCCAGGCCCGAAAGGAUGUCCUUAUUGCGGAUUACGCUACGAGAGAUCUGUCGAACAUCAUCAUUAG